AUGGCCAUUGUUAUUAAAAAUAAUAAUUUCAUACUUAUUUAUUUGAGCGACGAAAAUGGUUGUUGGUAUCAUGAUUCUGGUCAACAAUAUAUUUUAAUAUGGGAAUGGGUUACUUUUUUCGGUUGGAUGUAUGCAUCUAUAACGUAUUGUGCGAUCGUUAUUAUUAUGGUCAUUAGAAAACUCAACUUAGCAGCAAAACAAAUCGAUACUUCUAAUUUUUCAUCUAAUUCUCGGUCAUCUAUUCAUCCCCCUUUAAUUAAUAAGGCAAUGAUUUUAUCAGUUGUCAGAAGAGUGAUUUGGUAUCCUGUGUUGCCGAUAGCUCAAAUUUUUGGCGUAUUUUCGCAAGAUAUUGCAGUUACUCGUACUUUCCAGGCUAUUAAACUACAAUGGUGGAUCUCCAUUGUUAACUCUUAUGAGUCUCAUUACCCUCAUAAAUCUCACAACAAAGCCAUUGAACUAUGGUUAAGAUACAUUCUAUUAAUUAAACUUUUCUCCCCUCCAAAAAUUACACCUCGAGUAAUUUCAUCUAAUCAUUUAUCUCCGAUUAAUUCCCCUGUUGGCAAUGAGUUUAGUGCCCCUUCUGUUCUGGUUGAUAAUCAAUAUGUUGUUCAAGGUAUUCAACCUGUUAAUUUAAAAGUUUUUUUUAUCAACGUUCCUCAUCAUCUCAUUGUUUUAAAUCCAUCUGAACCAUUAAUAGGUAGUUCGAUUGAACCAACUAAAAGAAUAUCAAGAAUCUCCGAAGAAUUUGAAGGAAUUGAAACAACAUUAAAAAGGCUUUAA